AUGGAUAAUAGCAAGUCAGCUGCAAUGAAAGGCGUCUGGAGGAACGAGCUUCUGUCAACUGAUAUUUUAAUAACAAUAUUCAUGAGCCUCAACAUUGCGGACCUUGCAGUUGCCUCACUGGUCUGCAAAAUGUGGAACACAGCUUGUCGUGACCCAUCUCUUUGGGGCAAAAUUGAUUUAUCCAAACUCAAUAACUCAUACUUUUUCAAUAUACCAAAUAAUCAACCAGGAGCUUACAAGCGUACAAGUGGAAAAAUUACUCAAUUCUUAAAGUAUGUUCUAAGUCUGAGUAAUGGAAAUACAAAUUGCUUAGUAUUUAACUACAAUGUUUACUUGACAGAUGAGGAGUUCAUCAUAGCUGCUAAAAGGACCCCAAAUAUGAAACAACUAGUACUACCAAGGAAAGGUGACUUUUCAAGAAAAGCAGUGCAUAUGGCAAUGAAGUCAUGGGGAGGCCUUGAGUCCAUUAACAUUAGCUCUGGUGUCCCCAUUGAUUACAUAUUUCCUGCAAUUCGCGAAUACUGUAAGAGCGUCAGUGGGAUCAAAUUCCAUUGCGAAUUUGAAGAAAAGCACGCAGAAGCCUUGAUUGAAUCUACCCCUAACUUGAAGGUGUUCAGCAUUCGGUCCACGGUAGUGAGCAUGAAGGCUUUGAGGAGUGUGCUCACUUCCUUGGAACAUUUAGAGGCCGUGAACAUCUGUCACAGCUUCAUUAUGGAUAUGUCACAUGAUGGAUUCAGUAUUUUUGCAGUUCAAGAUCUACAAAAGUAUCUGCCCCCAUCAAGUAUGGAAAAGGUUAUCUACUGUGAAGAAGGAUCAUGCCUUAAGUGUCAGUAUGAGCGUAGCAUUGCACCUGGUUCUUUUCUCUACCGUGCACUAGAGGAUAUCUGGCAGGAGGAUGAGAUCACCACACUGGCACAUUAA